AUAGUUCCUCCCCCUCACGCAGGUCGCGUCCACCGCCUGGAUGCUCCAGAACGAUGCCUGUUCACCUGAUUGUGCUGGGAAAGCUCUUGGAGAUAAAGUCCCUGACCCCCUGAACUGUACCAACUAUUACAUCUGUUUGGGGGACGGUAUAGUGUCAGACCACGCUGUGCCCUGCUCUGGCAUUUUCGACCCAGGUACAUCAGCCUGUACCGGGUCGCCUGGUGACACUUGUGACCCUGUUUGCCUGCCCGAAGACUGUCACAUCACCUGCAACGGCUCGUUCAGCUUGAUCAGUGAUCCAAGAAACUGUAGUACAUACUAUAUUUGUAUUGCUGGUCAAGUGUCUCAGACAGUUCACUGUAACUCAGACAACCCCUACUUCAACGGUGUGAACUGCGUCAAUGACAAGGAAGUUUGUUGCACAGUCUCUUGUGUUCCUUACUGUCAGCCAGGGAUCGUGCAGGCCCCAGACCCCACAGACUGCACCAAGUUCUACAUAUGCACUGAGGAGGGACCAGUGGACUCAAGCCUGCACUUUACUUGUAGUAGCGGAGAACACUUUGACUACCAAAUUGGUAGAUGUGUCUCGGGUAGUUCCUGUACCAACUUGUGCGCUACAGGAUCGUCUACAACAAACUCAGCAGUAACAACCACAACUCCACACACCGUUCCACCAAGCACCGACUGCGUAGACUCGCUUACCUGUGAGGCUCCAGGCAACUUCCCAAAGUGCAGCUCUUGUAAGCAGGAAUAUUUCACGUGUUCGGCCGCUGGUGCUGCGGGUGUCGUCCACACGUGCACGGGAAACUAUGUAUUCAACACCGACCCUGACUACCCUUACUGUAUUCUUCCCACCAACUGUCCUUAUAACCCAUAA